AUGCCCGCCAGGAGCAUCCCCGAGGAUGGACAUGCUCAUCAUACAAGCAACGGGCGUCCAGAGGCGGACGAAUUCGACGAUGAAAUCUUUCACAAGGGUUUUGGGCAAGUCUUGACUCGCAGGAGCAUUUUACGGGGGGCAAAUGGCAUGACACUCGGUGAAAUGACGAUGCGCAACUGGGUAAUCCAACCUGGCAGCUUGAUCACUCAUGCCGAAGCUGUACCCACUGCCGGCUUCAGCAUUCUGGGAGCAAUGACACUGACGGCAACGGUGGCCGCGACAUUCUACACGACUGCAUCGGACGCCAUGGUGGCACCCAAACUGAAGUAUGGAGGCUGGGAAAGCAAAGAGCUGACUGGCCUUGUUCGCACUUCCUACGCCAACCCUCAAUAUGUCGCAAAAGAAUGUCCCUCUCUGCUGAAUGCGCAAGACGAACCCCACGCGGCCGCGUCGUGCUCCAACGUCCUUUACUCGGGUGCUAGUUAUCGGAACCUCCUGAAGUACAUGUCGGUAUGGACAGAGAUCAGCGAGAAUGGUACCGGCGGCAUGACGGACCUGAAGGAUCGGCCUGCAGGAACGACGCUUCUGUUUGAUAAUACCACAAUGGAAGCCACCUGGAUCGAGACGGAACAUUCAAGCAUGGAAGCCAACUUUGCCACGUGGGACAGAGUGAUUAACAAUGUCACGAUGGCCAUGCCGCAUCCGGGUGUGUACGCUGCUGCGACCGAUGAGGCCAACAGUAUCCUCCAGCCCGAUGAUCUGGCCGGUGUAGGCGAGUACAUGAUUCGAGCUGGGGUGGUGAGUCCCAGCAUCAACGUCAUGUGCGUGAACAUGAACCGCGAUGAGCUGGCGCCCCUUGUGUACACGGAGUGGCUCAAUGCAGAGACAGAUGACACAGGUGUUGGGGACCAGAAGGGCGCCGCAGCGGGCUGGGAGUCCACCAUCCCGAGCGUUCCAUACGAAAACGAGGAUAAUGACGCUAUCAUUGACGACUCAUUUCUGAACAGUACGGCUGUAGAUGAUGUGUUUCGCUGGGGACAACAGUACUAUCGAUAUCCUCCCGUGUUCCCAAUGCUACCUUCCAACUACAACAUGAUCACGAAUUCGAGCGUCUACAACUCGUCAUCAAUAUACAUUUUGGCCAAAUCUCCCGCACUCACUGACUUUACUCUCUGCGAACUGAACUCAUGGACAUCGCCCAAUUGCUCAACUCGCUUCGACAUUUCAGGCACGGCGGGAGCUCGCAUUACCGCCCAUUGCGAAGACGCAAAUGACAGAGACAGCUUUAUACAAUCCUUUGACAAUGGGUACCCGGCAUGGGGUGGACCCUCGAAAGACUGGAAAUGGCUCGCCGAUGCGUGGCGGCUUUCCAUGGACCUAAACGGGGGCGUCUACAACAACAAUGCCUCGAACGCACGCAUCAUCACGCAACUUGCUUUACAAGACCCUUCUCUACCAAAAAUGCUUCCUUCCAUGGCAGAGGCGCUUGCGGUCUACGCUUCAUCAACCCUCGUCUCUGGAGCGAUCGAUUCACCCUUUGUGCACUAUUGGGAACAUAACCCAAACAUACUCGAUCUUGGUGUUCGCCAGGCCUUUAACGCCUCAAUUCGCACACAGCAAUACACAUCUGGGCAUGCCAAUGACUGGCAAGCCAUCUUCUAUGUUAUUCUCUCUCUGGUCUUUGUGAUCAACCUGUUCUGCUUGGGCUAUUUCGUCACGCGCUCCGGACUCGUCACAGACUUCACCGAGCCUCAGAAUCUCUUUGCACUGGCCGUCAAUUCUCCGCCAAGCGAGGCACUCAAAGGCACUUGUGGUGGUGGGCCCGGCGGCGAGAGCCUAGUCAUCCCUUGGAGAGUGGCGUAUGCACCAAGUGCAAACCACUACUUCUUUGAAGAAGCUGAGCGCAAGGGGAAAACCAAGGCUGCCAGGAGUGAAGUUGAAUUCAGUGAUAGGGUGCAUCCAAAAUCAGUUGGUACGAAUGAGAAGAACUGGCGAGUUGACUUCAUGUAUGGCCUGCACCUUAUUCCCCUUUUGUAG